AGAAAACAAUAAAGAAGACACGUAUCGAUAAAUCCAAAUUCAGAUAACAACUCAUGAAAUUGUAUUCUCGAAGGAAAAAAAAAAAAAAAACUCAAGAAAUUGUAUUGAUGUAAUGUGUAACGAUGACUGAAUUUUUAUUCAAACCAAGCACAAGAAGAACGAGCGAGCAAGUGAGGAAGCAAGAAAAUUCUCUGGGCGUCUAUUGAUCAGCAGUCGUUAAAAGGAAUUGAAUUUGGGUUUCAAUUUUGGGCUUUGGUUCUAGCUAUUUGGUCAUUCCUGCCGAGAAUUUGUAGGAUAACACUGGUUUUAAUUUGACAAGAUGCAUAGUUGAUAUUCAUGAAUUAAUCCACUGGUCACAGAAGAUAACCUUGCAGAGGAUCCAGGAAGGAAUGGGGAUAUAUCUCAGUACUCCCAAAACUGAAAAGUUUUCUGAAGACGGUGAGAAUGGCAGACUUAGAUAUGGCUUGUCUUCCAUGCAAGGGUGGCGUGCAACCAUGGAAGACGCACAUGCAGCAUAUCCAGAUCUGGACGGUACAACAUCAUUCUUUGGUGUUUAUGAUGGGCAUGGAGGUAAAGUGGUUGCUAAGUUCUGUGCAAAGUACCUUCACCAACAAGUGUUGAAGCAUGAAGCAUAUGCAUCUGGAGAUAUAAGCACUUCUGUUCAGAAAGCAUUUUUUAGGAUGGAUGAGAUGAUGCGUGGACAAAGGGGGUGGAGAGAGUUGGCCAUAUUGGGAGAUAAAAUAAACAAAUUUACUGGGAUGAUAGAAGGGUUGAUAUGGUCUCCUAGGAGUGGUGACGCUAAUGACCAUGUUGACAAUUGGGCCUUUGAAGAGGGGCCCCACUCUGAUUUCUCUGGACCAACUUCUGGAAGCACUGCAUGUGUUGCUGUUAUUCGGAAUAAUCAACUUCUUGUUGCAAAUGCCGGUGAUUCUCGCUGUGUAAUAUCUAGGAAGGGUCAGAAAAAUGUGGCUUCUUUUAUGCAGGCAUACAAUUUAUCAAGAGAUCACAAGCCUGAGCUUGAGGCUGAGAGAGAGAGGAUUUUAAAAGCUGGUGGCUUCAUUCAUGCAGGGCGAGUUAAUGGAAGUUUAAACUUAGCUAGAGCUAUUGGAGAUAUGGAAUUCAAACAGAACAAAUUUCUCCCUGCUGAAAAGCAAAUUGUAACUGCUAGUCCUGACAUAAACAUUGUUGAGCUUUGCGAUGAUGAUGAUUUCAUUGUACUAGCAUGUGAUGGCAUCUGGGAUUGCAUGUCAAGCCAGCAACUCGUAGAUUUUGUUCAUGAACAGUUAAACUCUGAAAGCAAGCUUUCAACCGUAUGCGAAAGAGUACUUGACAGAUGUUUGGCGCCAUCAACUGCUGGUGGCGAGGGAUGUGACAACAUGACCAUGAUAUUGGUGCAGUUCAACAAACCUGGUGAAUCCAAAGCAUCUACGGAGAGUUCAUCACCAUCUGAGCUAGCAGGUGUUGAUCCAAAAUCAGAAGAGACUGAAUCAAAGCAGUAGUUAUGGUCAUUCCAUGCAUGAAGUGGGUGGACUAUAUUAUCUGUACACUGGUGAUCUUGUGGAUAUGGCGAUUCUCAUUUCAGAUUUCAUACUCAAAACAACUUGCAUUCUCAUAUAGUAUCUGUAAAUGUAAUGAUUUAGCAUGAAACCCAUAGAUUAGUUUUCCUUGAAGAUGUAGGUUUGGUCUUGUGGAUAUCUGUGGAUUUGACCUGGCUAACUACCGUUAGUUUGUUCGAAUAAAGUGUACAGAUGUUUCUAACUGUCCAGUUCCAUUAUCAGUGAACAAAUUUCCUACUUGUAGAUCUUCUCCGAAGGCUAUGUUUAGUAUGAUGACAGACAAUAAGAGUGUGGACUGUAAGGAGUAUUCAUCUGCUUUA